CGAUAUCAUGUCAUCUUUGGGCAGGAAGAGACGGCAAUCUAUUGUGUGUGCUCAUCCAUGGAUCAAUGUAGUAUAACGCGUAGCCUGAAUGACUAGAGAGUCAAACGUAAUGGAGGGCAGAAAAUAAAGGCUGAGAGGCCAUCAUCGCGGUCUGUGCGCGAAAAGCUGCCAACUGCUGUUUAUAUUCUCUUGCACCUAAAAAGGCUUUCUCUCAGCAUUGUGAAGAAGAAGACAAGAUCUGUUACUUUGCCGUCCAUUGAACAACUCAUUCGCUGCAGAUCCUAGCAUGUUCUCACUGCUCUCCAUCAUGUGGGACCAGCCAAUCCUUAUUGACGUUCCUCUCUUCAAUCAAGUAGUGGAGUUCCAAGCAUCGGGAAAACUCCAGAAGGUCGCUCAGUCCAUCAUAGCGCGGAGACUUUUGGAGAGAAUCAUUCCGCCUCUUGUCGAGCAUAUGGUCGAUCCGGGUUCCGAGCCUUUUCCAGCCGAGUUUGAUAUAUACCACUCUCUCGAUCAUAUUUUAUUUCGAUUCACCAUUGUUCGCCGGUGUUCAACUUCUCUGAGUAGUGAUCAUGCAUGCGAGAAGCAGAUCUGGGCAGACAGACUGCUAGUCGAGGCGGUUGCGUGCAAGGAGUAGAAAAAUGUUCAAUGCAAUUCAUGGAAAGACGG